CCUUCAAUCUGCUAGCUGCCGCUAUGAAAACGACCAUAUCUUUUCUGAUAUCUUUGCUCGUCGGCAUUGGGAUCGUGGUAAGCACGUCUCCGACAUGGAAGGGACUUGCCUCUACCACGACGCCUUCUUUCCUAGAGCUUAAUGCCGCUCUCGCCGAUUUGUUCUUCGCUGGUGCUAUCGGAUAUAUGCAAUUCUGCCAUUUUGCACCUAUUUGGCUUGCCACAAAUCAUGCUCCUUCUUACACUGGCGAAUUGCGCCGCCAAUUCACCAGUGAUGGCUUCAACUUCCAAUUUUUCAUCUACACCAUCUUUCACCAAAAACAAAUCUCGCGAUCCAUCCACGCCGCCGCGAAAGUUGGUCAGGCCUUCUUGUGGACUUUGGUCGUAGAAUUAACGUUUGGUCGAAUCGGAACCGGCAUUCUUCUGGUCUUACUUGCGAUCCAGGCCUUCUCGUACAGGGACACCGUGUUUGCUGCCUCGAUCAUGACUGCGCAAGUUCUGUUUGCUGUCACGGCAAAAUUGCUCAUUGAGACGCUCACCGAGUACUACCGAGAGAUUGACAUUCUAAAUUUCGCAAAGGCAUCGAUUUUGUGGCUUGCCUUUCUCAAGGUGUUCAACCACGCAUUUGAGCCCUUGCCGCCAACCUACGACAAGUCUGUGCAACAAUUCGAAGACCAUUUUGGUGAAGACGCUUGGAAGUUGUACCUGACCGAUCCGAUUAGAGCGACGUGGCUAGUCAUAGGAGGCACCGUAAGUGAAAUGAUGGUAGGGAUGCCAGGAAGACUUUUCAAUGUCGUUGUUUAUUCUGGCUUGGCUCGAUUGGGUUAUAGAAGCCGCAAUCUUAUAGAUGUGCCAUCCGCCCAGAAAUGGAGCCGUGACGUAGUGCGUCAUGGAUGGACUGCAAAUCCGACAACUGCAGCAUUAUUUGCCUGGGCCACCAAGCAGUAGGUGCCUAUUACGCGAAAGACAAUGUUGCGAGUGGGGGAUUAGCCGAAGACCAGGAGCUACGAUAUGCCUCUAAAGGUGUUGUUGUCUGAGUAUCGAUGCCUCAUUCACCUAGAUGACGGAAUAUAUUUUAUUCCCAGCUGAAGAGUCAUCGUGUGGUUGGAGGAUAACAAAAUGCUGCUAUGCAUAAAAUGUGUAUUGCCC